AUGGCUAAAAAUUCUAGAACCAAUGAGUCCAUUUCGCUUAAAUAUACUUCAUUUGGAUUAAAAAAGUCCAAAGAGGAAGAUAAUUAUACCGAAGACGACAUGAUGAAUGCACCGCUAUUAUCGGAUAACUCUGGUAAUGAAGGAACUUCAGUGAUUGAUGAAGCAUCCAACGAUGAGAAUUUAGAAAGUAUCGAAAGUAUCAUAGUGAUGAGAAUGCCACAAGAUGGUGGAUCGGUGUUCUCUAGUUUUUUGAAUAUGGCGAAUAGUAUUAUUGGUGCUGGUCUUCCGUAUUCUUUCCUAGAAGCUGGGAUAUUUACGGGAAUGAUAUUAUUAGUUGUUCUUACCAUAGCAGUAGACUGGACAAUUAGACUUUUAGUACUGAAUGCAAAAUUAUCUGGAAGAAGUACUUAUCAAGACAUAAUGCACUUUUGUUUUGGAAGAAGUGCUAAAUCAAAUUCUGAUUACAUAAUACUUAUGAUCAGUGUGAACUCUCGUUACCCAGGGAUGUGUGCUUUUUGCGUCAUUAUAGGUGAUACGAUUCCUGAGGUCAUAAAAUCUAUCUUUCCCGACAUUUCCAAAUUGGCUAAAGCAAGUGGUUUGGCCUUGAUCUCUAUGGUCAUUAUUGUAGUUUGUGUUACUAUAGAGGGUCCUUUAGUAGACUCAUCUCGCAGAGGCUCAGAGAAAGGAAAAUGGGAUUUUAUACAUCCAGAAGUUUUUCAGCCCACUAUGAGUCGGUUUGCAGCAGUUACUCAUUUAUCAACUUUUGUAUCCAUGGUAGCAUGCAUGUUAAUGGCAUUAACUGGAUAUUUAGUAUUCACUGAUAAAACGCAAGGUAACAUUCUGAACAACUUUCCAGGCGAUGAUGUUAUUAUAAACGUAGCUCGCUUUUGUUUUGGAUUCAAUAUUAUUCCGAUUCUAAUG